CAUAGCACACGCAGAUGGGCAAUCGUGCAGGCGGCGACGAUGCGCUGGCGGGCGCUGCUAAUACGGAUACCUCGUGUGUAGUCAAUUAGUGGGGUUUUCGCAAUGUUAUGCUUGUGUGAGCGAGUGGGUCCGCCGAGGCGCGGCCACCCCUGAUGCCUGACAUCGAUUGAGCCGUCCAGCGCUCCUCAUCUUCGUGCGCGAGUUGCCGCGUGCGCUUCGAAAUACCGUCUGGGGACGCGCGCGCGGAGUUGUCACCGAGCCCUGGCACGACGGGCACCUCUCGUCUCCGGCGCCCCAAUGCCGAAGAGGCGGGUCUGAACCAUGGGCUUUCGUCUGAUCGACGCCGCCAGGGCCAGGUGGAGGAGGGUGGUCCAGAGCGGCACCCUGGCGCACUGCAUUUUCUUCACGACGGCUUUCAUUCUUGCGGGCAUUGCGGUGGUGGUGGUGUCAGUGAUGCUUCUGCUGGACAGUAGCAAGUACCUGGCCAGUAGUGGGGAGAACAACCAGGACAGCCAGCUGUACUUCUCCGUCAUCUACAUCCUGCUCGGCGCAGGCUGCUUCAUGGCCAUUGUUGGCUUCUUCGGAUGCUGCGGAGCCCUGAGGGAGAGCCCUUGCAUGCUGUGCACUUUCUUCAUAUUCUUGGUGGUCAUCAUUGCUGCCGAAGUAACUGGUGGCUUCUGGGCCUGGAUGAACCUGGAGGGCUUUGAGAAAGCAGUGAAAGGCCAGGUGCAGCACAUGAUGCACAAGGACUACUCUGUGUCUGACGUCAUCACCAAGACCAUCGACACCAUGCAGCAUGAUCUGCGCUGCUGUGGAGUGGAGGGCCCGCAGGACUGGGCCUCGGCCCGUAUCAACCAGAAGCCAUCAGAACAGGGAGGCAUUGUGGAAGCUGGCGUUGAGGCUGGCAUCCGGGCCCUGGGGAUGUACCAGGUGCCAAAGUCGUGCUGCGUCGAGGAGGAUUCGGGCUCCUGCGAAGUCAAUCGGCAGUUUGGCGAAUUGGGGAUACAGCUGCAUGGCCUGCACCCACAGGGCUGUGGAACGGCUCUUUGGAAUGGCCUGUACAACAAUCUUGUCCUUGUUUGUUGCAUUGGCCUGGGCAUUGCAGUGUUGCAGAUCCUCGGCCUGAUAUCCACCAUGGUGCUGUGCUGCGCGGUGCGGAGGGACAGUGGAACCAGCUUCAAGGCUUGAAUGCGGCGCCCCCUGUGCUGUCCUCGUGCUCGGCGCCUGACGCCUUUUCUGUUUCGCGCCUUCCAUGGCCCCCUUACUGCUGUGUUGUCUAGCCUUCCCCAAUCUCUCUCUCACUCCAAGUGGUCAGGACAGCGGACCACCGGGUAUUCCAGCCUCGUUGCAGGGCUUUCGUGCACAUCUCUGCCAAAGGAUGCGGCUGGUGUCAAUAGCACGUUCAGCUGCGUAUUUCUAGGUGGGGCUGCUCCCUAUCGUUGCCUCAUUUCUACCUGCGGGCAUACGGUUGUUCUUGAAUAGGUGAACAACUUGUGUGCAGCACUUUAUCAAGCCCUUACAAAGAUCUAUAGGCUAUUGUCUGUUUUGCUUUGAAAUCUCAGUACUUUAUGUAUUGAGCCAUGAAUGGUGAGGUGAUACCAGCACCGACAUAAAUUAGGUGAUGGGUUUCUGACUGCCCUGCUGACUGGCCGUAGUUGUUGAGAGACACCAAACUUACCAUUUAUCUAUUUCGUAAUUUCUCCUUUUCUUUUUCCUUGCGUAACUCCCACACUUGUUUGCUCAGUCAGCUAAUGCCAAGAAACAACUUGCAUACCAGCGCCAUGCGCUGAGCCAUUUCAAGCAAGACAACCACUAUGUGAUACUAGUACGGACAGUUUCACGCGCCAAUGCCUCAUGCUAGUUUCUGUGUGUUUGUAUUUGCAGUGUCCCAUUAAUUUUUUAUACCGUUAACACGGCAUUGUCAUAAAUGCAAAGAAGUCGUGCUGUAAGGCAGAUGCUCAUUUGUCUGCGAGAUUUACUUGCUGCAGCCAAUGCUUACUCCGAGUGGGAUUUAGUUUCUAAAGAAAGUCUACCAUGGUCAGCCUGCUGAUUUAAUUGUUAGCAGGCUUUAUUCCUCUAUUAGCGUACCUCGUCAAAUACAGAAGGUAAUUUCGUGAGAGAGAGAGAGAGAGGUUGGGAUUGUCAUUGAAAAAAAAAAAAAAGAAGAGGCUGUUCUAAUGUUACCUCGCUGAGACAGAGAUGCUGAGGGAUCAACGUCAUUGACUGCCGCAACUGUUUAAUUGUAUGUACGAGUAUAUGGUUGGAAAGACCCUUUCUCAAAUCUUUUCUCGAUUGAACUGCCACCAAUCUCUACAUGCAUUCUAUUUUGUGUCAGUUUUCUUUUGUACAUUCUGUGAGGCACACCCACUUUCGCGAACUGAUUAUUUUUGCUUGCGAGAACAAGCGCACCCUCGCCUGUUGCUGGCUGUACUUCGAGUGCAUGAGCGCGUGUAGUGUUGCACAAAGUGCACCGCAAUCACGCCACACUGACAACUGUUGCUUGACUAGAUGGAUGUGCAUUUAUUUUUUUUGAACACAUCGUAAUGUGCGUAUAUAAUCCCUGCUCUAGCAUGUUGUAGAAUGCUGUUUUGCUGGUGGAGUGCACAAUGCAUUCUUAUAUAUACUCGUGGAUGGAUAUUCUCAGGGCAGUGCUGCAGCAGUGAAGAGCCCACCAGUUUUUGUGAUUCUCUCCUCCCACUGAAACAUUAAAAGGAGUUAAAAGAAACAUGACAGUACAAGAUACUGGUUUGAGGCAAGAGAACGUCUGGGAUUUGUCGCAAUCACCUGGUCGUAGAAGAGCUGGGCGCUUUAAGCCAUCAGCCAGAAAGUAGUGUGACGGGCAUGUUAGCUGCAUUACUGCAGUAUGUGUCAAACAAAGGUGAAGUAAUGCCCAAUUUAGUAAUGCCAUUGCCAGUAAUGCUUCUAACAGUGCUAGCAAUGCUGUCAUUGCUCUGUCUUAUUUCCAUCUCGUUUUCUACGGAGCUGCGAAGGUAUGAUAAGGGCUUUGUGUCUCGAUGGCAGACAACCAGAAAGUGUGUUGCAGGAAUCGCUGCCGUGCAACUAGCGUUGAAAUUGUUGGGCCUUUGCGCUGCGCAUGACAAGCCGCUGCAUAAUUGUUGCACAUUUCACGUUGAAAAGCUGCCACACACGGACUGCCGUGCAUGUUGUGAAGUGCUUGAACUCAACUUUGAUGCACCACCAUUUUUAGGGAGAAUUGAAAGACACUAGACUUUUGUAUCAUACUCUGUUGAACCUUCGGCCAUUUACAGAAGCAGAUGAACAAAGCUGUUACAUAGCAUACGGGGCCAAUGUUUGAACAUUGUGUCGCAGAAAAGCCAGAGGGCCGCAUGACUGGGUACAAUGUGCCCUCCUCAUUUGCGCUGUAUUUUUGCUGGAGCCGCUUCUUGCAUCGGCACAAAUUUAGGAUUUGAAGCAAAAAUUUUGGAUGCGUUUUGCUCAAAGGUUCAGAGAGUCCCACAGUGUUUUCCUAAGGAUGAUGAGUUGCACAUAACUUGCUGGGCUAAUGUCCCUGUUCUUUGUUUCAUGUGUUUCGUUCAUCUCAUAUAUAUAGUACUGUUUGCAUCAUCUCGUUGUGAAUAAGUCCGCCUAAUUAUUGCCAUUAUUAUUAUUAUUAUUUUUAUUUUUGCAUUUCAAAGUGUUACCAGAUCUGCCUAAAUGUUGCUAAUAUAUCACCCAACAAUAGUAUUUGUUUUACAGUUUUAGAGUAUUUGUACGCUAUGUACAUUCGUAGCAUCCGAAAACACUGUUGCCGAAACAUGGUAUGUAUCAUGUUUAUUCAUCGUCCUACAGUUCUUGCAAAGUAUUUCCUGUGCUGUGUUUGCAAUACGUAAAAGAGUGCAAGUGUAUACACUGUUAUGAUCUCUGUUGUGCAUCUUUUUUUUUUUGAAUUACUGUGAAAGUUUGACAGCCAUGUAAUAUUGUGAAACCAAUAAACAUGUUUUCCUGUAUUCCACAAACAA